CUAGGGUUUGAUGGCGUGGGCGAGGGCGAUUGGCGGCUUAUGCAGGCGCGCGGGCAGCGGUCGCUUAGAUUCUCUUUCCAACCGAGGAUUCCAGCGGAUUUCUAGCUCGUUUGGCCAAAGGGGCUACUGCGCGCCGGUGGAAGCGCCACUGUCAGAUAAUUCGGCGGCACCGGCGCUGGCCUACGAGCUCAAGUCCUCGCUCAAGUCUUCGCCGCGGCAUGAUUUGGCGAUGAUCUACACUUGCACGAAGUGUAACACGCGAUCGGCCAAGACGUUUAGCAGGGAAACGUACGACAGGGGGGUGGUGAUUGUCCGGUGUGGGGGAUGUAGCAAUCUCCACCUCAUCGCGGACAGACUUGGGAUGUUUGGGGACAAGGGGAGCGUUGAGGAUUUUCUAGCGGAGAGAGGUGAGAAGGUGAAGAGGGAGUCUGAGGAUACGUAUGAGUUUGCGCUCGAGGAUUUAGUUGGAGCGAAAUCCAGUGAAAAUUCUCGGGACUAGUUUCUAGUCGAAGGUUUCUUCCUGGGUGGUUUUUCUUGCUUAGAAUCACGUCUACAGUUCAGUUGCCCACUCUCGCAUCCCGGUAGCAUAGCGUUUGACGGCACUAUCCUGCAUGUUACCACAAGCUCACAAUUUUGAAGCAGUGUGGUUUGCAUUCUUGAGCGCCUGUCCAGAAACUUUGGUUUGUCUUUCAGAUUCUUCUUGGCGCAGCGAGCAAAGGCUGCAACCAGCUUCCAAGAGUCCGGCCUCACCUCGCCCAUCCUAUCAAACAGCUCCAAAGCCAGACGAUCCUCCGAUUUCGACGUCCUUCUUCUCCUCCCAUCUAGUUCGUGAGCUAGCACUUUGCAUGCAUGUCCUGGUACUCGCUGGAGAGGAAGUCCUGGAGGAGGGACAACACUUACAAGCUUGCCGAGUCCUUUUCUGUUGCAGGAAUACUUUUGACAGCUCCUGGUUUCAACAAACCGUUGUCUUUUUGUUUUCUUUCUAUACAAGCCGAGUUGAAGU